AUGUCGAUACGUUGCCGAAGAAAGUUAAUAAAUAAUAUUAUUGAUGAUGAAGAGGAAUUGGGUGGUAAAUCUAAUUCAAAAUUACCGAUAUUUGAAAAACAGAGUCCACCAAAUAGUAAUACCAAGCCAACUUGGGCAAGUAAACCUUCUAUCGAAGAUUCUAGUGAUGAAGAGAUUUUUCCAAUAAAACGUCUUAAAAAUUCUGACUCUCUUCAAAUAGAAGAAAACAAAACUUCUUAUCAUCCAAAAGAAUCUGGAUCACCACAAAAAGUAAAUAUUUUUGAAGAAAUUAAACAAACUGAUAUUCGGAAACAAAAACCGAUCACGAAUAAACAUGCAAAUUUUUUCAUUAUUACAAGUACAGGCAAAUUAUAUAACAAAGCAAAAAUAGGAGUUGAAUAUGCCAAAAAUAACGAUGAAAGGAACCCUGUUGAAACCAAUGAACUAGAAGAAACAAUUUAUUUGAGUCCUAGUACCGGAAAAUCCUGUCAAGUAUUACAAAAUGUUACCAUUCCCUGUUCUAGCGUCCCAACCACCCCAAGACAACAGAUAAGAAAAAACAAAAAUCUUUCCUCUUUUUCUUCACUUUCAAUGGACUUUCCUCAUAUGAAUUCUGAGAGCAGAACUAGUUCUUUAUCAGAAAUUUCAUGCUCCAAUUUACUAGAUUGCGAUUUAUCUCUUAAUGAGGAAAAUAUUAAGAAAUUACUACAUGAACAAACACCGGAACAAAAGAGAUCAAGUCAAAAUUUUAUAUCCGAAUGUGCAGUUUCUAAUGACUCGAAUUUGUCCAAUUGUAAAGAAAAAAAAGCAAUAGAGGUUACUGUGAUUGUUGAGGAUGUUUCGAAGGAUAUUGAUCGAAAAAAACAAAACAGGGUUAAUAAAUUGUCAACUGUACUGAAAUUGCCUGAUUCCAUUGACUAUGAUAUAAUUGAACAUUUGAAUAGCGACAACGAGACAAUAAUUGAAAACAGAACUCGUGAUAAUUUACCGGAUAUUCUAAAAUCACCUGAUGCAAAUAAUUGUAAUAAUAUCCAAAAUUUUAGUGACAGCGGGGAUGAUGAUAAUGAUUCAAGCGAGUCGGAAGAAUCUGAUAUUAUUUCAUUAGAGGGUUGCAUAGGAACAGAACAGGAAUUAUCUUCAGAUGAAAGUGAAAAUACAGAAAACGAUACUUUAGACGAAGAAGAGGCAUUACCCAGCCGCCAAAUUAACAAGAACGAUGAUGACGAGUGGAUAGACAUAUCAGAAAGUCCCGUAAAUUUUGAUGAAUUUGUUGGUGAAAAUACCUACAAUAUACCGUCGUUUGUAAAAUCAUCUGAAGAUGUAUAUAAAUUAUUUGUAACAGAAGAGAUGAUCAAUAAAAUGGUGUCUGAGACAAACAAUUAUGCACGAAACUAUUUACGAACAAACCAACUAAAUAUGAAACGUAAAUCACGUAUGAAACACUGGACUGAUACUAAUUUGCAGGAAAUGAAAACAUUUCUGGCAGUUGUGAUGGCAAUGGGUUUGUGUAAAGUUCCUCUUAUAAAUUUGUAUUGGAGCAAAAACAAUUUAUACAGAAACGAAUUUAUAAGUUCAGCAAUGACAAGAGACAGAUUUUUACUCUUAUUAAAAUGCUGGCAUGUCAGUGAUGUCUCAAAUGAUGAUAAAACUGACAAACUAUAUAAAAUCAGAGAUAUGCUUUCUAUGAUAACUGACAAUUUUCAGAACAUAUUAAACCCCGGCAAAUACGUAAUAAUUGAUGAGACAAUGAUACCCUGGAGAGGACGAUUAGGCUUCCGUCAAUAUAUAAAAAACAAAUCUCACCGAUAUGGUGUUAAGCUGUACAAGCUUUGCACCCCUGAAGGUUAUACCUACCAGAUAGAGAUUUACACAGUUAAAACAGAUCAGAAGAAAGAAGUUGAUCACAGUCAAAAAGUAGUAUUAAGAUUGAUGAACAAUUUAAUUGAACAGGGAAGAAUCGUGAUAGUAGAUAAUUUCUAUACUUCGGUGACUCUAGCAGAAAAACUCCUAUCACAAAAAACUUUUGUAUGCGGAACUUUAAACGUACGAAGAAAAUAUUUGCCAAAGAAAGUUGUUAAUGCGAAUAUAAAGAAGGGCCAGAUUAUUGGAAAAAUGAACAAAAAGGGCGUAAAAGUAUUGAAAUGGGUAGAUAAAAGAAAUGUUUUAAUGUUAAUUACGUGCAAAGAUCACGACGACAAACUAAUAGAUACUGGAAAAAAGAAGAGAGGCACUAACGAAUGCAUUAAAAAACCAGGAUGUGUUAUAAUGUACAAUGAAACAAAAAAAGGAAUUGACUAUAGUGACCAAAUGUCUUCUUAUUAUACAACAUUAAAGAAAGGAAUUAAGUGGUGGAGGAAGGUAAUAAUGGAGCUAAUAUUUGGUACAGCCCUUAUUAAUGCCUGGAUUGUGUAUAACUCAAUUAAUGAUGAUGCAAAUAAAUUGCCAAAAAGACAAUUUGUAGAACAACUUAUUGAAGCUUUUACAAAGAACGACUUGGAUGUCGAUACAGAACCCACUCCAAACAAUCCACAUCAUCUCGAAAAAAGAUCAAAGAAGAGGAGAUGUGUAGGAUGCUACGAAAAACUUCGCACCUUCUUAUCAAGUCGUGAGGCUGAUAAGAAAGCAAAGAAAAUUCUCACAGAAUGUAUCGGUUGCAAAAAAUAUUAUUGUUUGACCUGUUUCAAUAAAAACCAUCCAUAA